AGGGAGUCGCGGUCGUGGAGGCGACCAGCUGGUUUAGCGAGGGAGUUCCGAGGGAGCUGGGAUCAGUUGCCAGUGAGACGUGUACAGGUUGUGGCGGCGUUCAAGUGUGGAGUUUCUCAGUGAGUUUGUGAUUGUCCGUCCGUCGGUCGUUCGGUCGGUCGUCGUCGGUCGGUCGGUCGGUCGGUCGGUCGUCGUUGUCGUCGUCGUGUCCUCGUCGUCGCUGUUUGGUUCGUGUGCGCGAAACAACGAAGUAAAGAUGGCCGCUGACUCGGGUAUGGAGACGUGUCCCUCCCCAGAAAUCGCGGAUUCAAGAAAACGACCGCUAGACUGCGACGUGGAAAACGGGUCAACAAAAAGAUCACACUACGGCUCAGGUGGAGAUGGCACAUAUCACCUCAAAGUAUUGGUACCCGGAGUGGCAGCUGGAGCAAUUAUUGGCAAAGGGGGGGAAACCAUCGCCCAGUUACAGAAAGACACAGGAGCACGGGUGAAGAUGUCCAAGUCCCACGACUUUUACCCAGGAACAACGGAAAGAGUUUGCCUGAUAACAGGCAGCGUUGACGCUAUAAUGGCUGUGAUGGAUUUUAUAAUGGAAAAAAUUCGUGAGAAACCAGACCUCACAUCAAAAACCACAGUUGAUUUUGACUCUGGUAAAACGACCGCAGAGAGAGACAAGCAGGUAUUAAAUGUGAAAAUACUUGUGCCAAAUAGUACUGCUGGUAUGAUAAUAGGAAAGGCAGGGAACUAUAUAAAGCAAAUAAAAGAGGAAUCAGGCUCGUAUGUGCAAAUAAGUCAAAAAGCAAAGGACUUAUCGCUACAGGAACGAUGUAUAACUGUUAUCGGAGAGAAAGAGAACAAUCGAAAUGCAUUAAUUAUGAUCCUGGCUAAAGUAGCCGACGAUCCACAGAGCGGAACUUGUCUCAAUGUCAGUUACGCAGACGUUAGCGGUCCUGUUGCCAACUAUAAUCCAACAGGUAGUCCGUACGCCCAGGCGCCUGCAGGGACGCCGACUUACACAUCUACACCUGGUCUGAACACAGUGAGUCUCCUGAACGGUGCUGGUCUGAGUCUGAAUUUGAACUUAGGCGCAGCUAUGACAGCUGGUACAGCUCCAGUCACAGCACAAAUACUUGAGCACAUAAAACUUACCCUGCGAAGUACAGGGUUCUCGGAACCAGCUGCCACUGAGAUUCUGACUGCUAUUGCUACUCUGGCAAAAUACAAUAUUCUUGGAAUGGGUAUUGGUAUGCCGUCGAGUGUGAGUUAUUUGGGAACUCCUAUGGACAGUACAUCGACCACUAAUGGCUCUAAUAAUAACGGAGGAGUAUUUGGUCCAAUUGGAACUGUCCCAGCCCUAGGAUCUUCAUCUCCUACACCUCGUAAUGCAAUUGACAGAUACGAGCCGUUUGAUCCAUUCAGGCAAAACAAUACAGCACCAAACGCGAUCCACCUAAACAACAAUUCUUUCGGCUUAGGGACGAACCAGUUGUCACUUGUAAGUAAGAGUCCUACUCAGGUAGACGCAAGCAACAAGGAGACCAAGAAAGUAGAUAUAGAAAUUGCAGAGGUUAUAGUUGGAGCCAUUUUGGGGCCCGGCGGUCGUGCUCUCAUCGAGAUUCAGCACCUGAGCGGGGCCAACAUUCAAAUAUCAAAGAAGGGAAUGUUCGCACCUGGAACAAGGAAUCGUAUAGUUACCAUCACAGGUUUUCCAAACGCAAUUGGCACCGCUCAGUACCUCAUUGAGCAGCGAAUCAGCGAAGAAGAAGCAAAACGAGCUCGCCAUAAUGCAAUUGCUGGAAUGAUUCAUUGAUUAUAUUUUAUUCACCUUCCUCGUGCAUAAUCAUUAUCAAACUCUGUUCUCUUCAUAAUUUAAAACAAAACUAGGGCAGCUCAUCUUUCCCUAAUUUGAUAUUAUCUUAUUUAGCCACGUACCACCCGUUGUCACCUGUCCUCACUUUCACAUCACCAUACACACGCACGUAUCACCUCGCCUCUUCUCGUUUAUUGACUAAAUAAUCACGGUUCGUUGACAUUUGUCUUAUAUUUAAGAUUCUUACAUUAUAAAUGUUAUAUAAUAUAAUAUAUAAUAUAAUAUAAUAUAAUAUAACUACUACGAUUGUUCUGUGAUACACCACAUUACGGGGCUUUGUCACACAUGAUACACUUACACUACAUCACAGCCAUAUACGUAUAAAAUUAAAGUUGGUAGUGUUGUUAGUAUACUUGGAAAAGGCACACCACUGUCAUUGACAACCACCCUAUUCGACAUUAAUGUUGUUAAAAAUCACCUUCGUGAAUUAUCCAUUGAUUGCAGAAUUAUUACACGAGCAAACCAAAACUUGGGCUGCAUAUUAGUUGCUCAUAUGUAAAUUAUCUCACUUUCUACAUCUUGGAUUCUAUUCAACUUUUGACAGGUUGAGUAAUGUUUAUCUAUGUGACCAUGAAAAAUUGUUAUAACAAUUUUCGAACAAACUUCCCAUCGAAUAGGUGGAAGCAGCGAAUUCUUAUCCUUUACAAAAUUAUUCUGACCAAAAAAAUAAUAAACUAUUCGUUCUAUAGGGGUACUAUCGAUGAAAUUUUUCUGCUUUAUUUACGUGUAAAUAGAAAGUAAACUUAAAUAAUUGUAAAAUCAAGUAGACGACUUUGUGUGAUAAUUUCUUAAGAAAUGACUAGCAACUUAUGUUUUGGUAUGAUCAUUUUUCGUUCUGACAAUGAGGUAUAUUAAUUGUUAAUCGACUCACAAUCAGCUGCUCUCUCAAGUUCUGUCCUACACGUACAUUCACAGUUUGGUUCAAGAACGGUUGUAAAAGAAGCUGAUAAGUAUUGGACAGAUUACUUGACCGCUGAAUCAUCUGUGGCAAAAAUAACCAUUUUAGAACGGCCGGAUAUCCUAUAAUACAAAUGCUUUGAAACAUUGGUAAAAGUAAAAGAUUUUUUUUUACGAUGUUUCAAAAAAUCUUUUGGCAUCAAUUUAAUUUCAUUGUAAGCAUGAAAUGCAAAUAGUAUGUUGCAUUACAUUUCAAACGAUAAAUCAAAUUGCUUUUAUAUAUUUAAAAAAUAUUCUACUCUGUAUCAAUUUUGGUUUACCUACUUCCUCUACUCUUGAAUCUUGCAACUAAAUCGAAUCUACAUCUUGAACUUUCAUAUUAACGCGAGAGUCAAUCUUCAUUAGCAUUGAAUGCUUCUUUCUUGAAAGCGUUUUGUUCCAAGCAUGAGCAGAAUAAUAAAUUACCAACUUGCCUAAUUUUAUAUAGAUGUGAUAUAAUUUCUAUAACGGAGCUGAAAGAAUAAAUAUUAUUGGACAGGUAAAAAAUAUUAAAUGAGUCAGGAUCCAUUUUUUUUUUUUUUUUUUUUCCUAGCAUCAAUGUUACGAAAGGGUGACAUUAAUUAGGUGGCAAAAGAACAUUUUGUAAAUUAAGACAAGGUAAUAAACUAAAAAAUGCUGUCUUAGUGCCGCCGCUUCAACCAUUUACAUUUCUGCUACAGAUACAUAAAAUAAGUACAAUUGUUAGCUGAAAGCGCUAGCUCACUGCACUUUAAUUAUGGUAAUUACCUGUAUAUUUAUACAUAUUGCAUAAAGUAAUUAAUAAUAGCAUAUAUAUGCUUAUAUAUAUUAAGCUGUUUCGGAAAAAAUAAUUUAUUUUCCAAAGUAGCACCCCCUAAAAAGUUUGCUUUGGAUAAAAAGAAGAAUCCGGAAAAAGAUGAGUGUUCUAUGUUAAAUCGUCUUCAUUUGACUUUUCACAUUUUUCUUGCGUGUAUUUUUAAUUUCUGGUAUAAUAUGUUGUAGCACUUCAAUCAUUAUUUCUUUCCUGACAUUUAUAUUCAAACUAAACAUCACGAUCCAUAAUGUAACAAUAUAUCGAAUGGGAAUCUUAUUUUCCUAAAUUAGAAGUUCAUGAUAAAUUAUCACUAUUUUAUGAAAUUGAAUUAAUAAUAAAAAAAAUUGUCAAAUCGAGACUUAAUAUUACAUGUGUGGGUCUCCUUAACGACAUAAAUUUAUAUUUUGAUUGAUGUAAGAAACUUUUUUUUUUCACUAUUCUUGAUAAAUUUAAAAAAAUUCAAGAAAGUGGAAUAUCAAAUAAGGACAAUCUUCCACGUAACGUAGAACGCUCCUCUUUUCCGAAAAUCUUUCUUUUAACUAAACAAUAUUUUCGGUGAGUGCUACGUUGGAAAAUCCCAUAUUUAUUUUCGGAAGCACCCUAAUAUACAUAUAUUAUACAUAUAUGUAACAAAAAACGAGAGAAAGAGAUCGCGAGUGAGAGAAAAAUAAUAUUAUAAACAUGGAUAUAUAUGUAUAAAUAAAUGUGUACUAACAUGUAUAUAUUUAUACAUACAUAUCAUAUAUAUAUGUCAAGAGGUUGAUUUAGAUUAUUACGAAAAGAGAAUUCAUAUAUAAAAUCUAAAUAAAAUUUAAAUAGAUACUUAGAUAUAUGUAUAUAUACGCAUGCACGUAUGCGCGUAUAAAGAAAAAGAGAGAAAUAUGUGUUUACAUGUAUACAUAUACACGCAUAUUAUAUGUAAUAUAUAUAUAUAUGAGAUAUAAUAUAUACCGAAGCUAUGAAAAUGAUAUUAUAAAUAUUGUAGGAAAAAUAUUUUGCGUUCGUGAAAAAAUGAAAAAAACUUAUAAUUUUGGCCAUAAAUUAUGGUACAUUUAAUUAUCGAUGGUUAAAUUUCUACUAUGUAUUUUCCAGUACACAGUUACAAAGAAAGAAUUAAAAAUGAUUAGGUUUUAGUUAGGUUGAUUAUGAAACAAAAUAUAGCAUUAUACUUAUAAAUCUAAAUUAUGGCAGGUGAGCGCAUUGUUAAUUGCAUUUGCAUAUGCCCGCCGAACCGACCGAAGCAUAAUAAUAAUUUUCCAUGCAGUAAUUGUUCACAAAUAACCUAUCAUCAGAAUCUGUCAUGAAAACCAUUACCCUAGAUUUAUACUAGCUACUUACUACACUUAGCGGCAUUGUCAUGCAUCACCAUAAUCCCUUGACUAGCAGUAGAGCUGUUGUUGAGUGCCUGGCUGCUGGCAAACAUAUUGAUUCUGUCAUUCAUGUAACAUCAUAUUUUAUACACAAUCUGCUUGUGAUAAAGUUAUGAAAUAAUUCACUUUAUUCGAUCAGUCUCACCCAUGGAGAUGUAAAUAUGACAUUCGUUUCGAGAUAAAACUAUAAGCUGAAAUGACAAUUGUUUGAAAUUAUUGGACGCAAAUGAUGGUUGAAGAACAAAAUACGUGUGUUAGCAGUCUGCAACCUCCAGUAGCGCUGUGUUAUUCUCUUGUUUAAAUCUUUGUUUUGUACAGUUGAAGAUGAUAUAAUUCACUAACGAAAUGAGCAUAUUUUGUACGUGUAUGGAAUGUGCUAUAAAUAUAUUCAUUUGAAAAAUAUAUAAUCAUAUAUACAGCUAAGGUAAACAAUUACACACAGGUUAUAGAUGUAGUUGCAUAGAAUUAUAGUCUCUUUAAUCUCGUAUUGAAUGAUCAUCGCAGGUUCGACGAGUUAGUCAAUAAAUAAAUAAAAAAUGAAAUAUCUAUUAAAUGGGUAAAUAAAUAACAAAUGAUAUAUCUAUUAAAUGGUUAAAUAAAUAACUAUCAUUCUCUGGCACGUGACGAUAUAGUGUAGCAAUCAAGGAACCAUAGAAAUUGCAUUACAUCGAUUCGCUGGAAGUUCAACAUAAGUAGAAUCGUGUUAACGAUUACUAAAAAUAACAUUUUGCCACUAUACGUGGUAUAUGUGUUAAAUUAAUUGGCUGUGUGUACUAAACCACAUCAUGAUUCACAUUUAAUCAUUCAUCAUUCGACACAUAUGCUGUAUGACCAUGUAUGAGUGGUAUAAGGUUAUGAAUUCCGGUCAAUUUUCUCGUUCUCUUGAGAGCCAUCAACUGCUCUACAUAUUUAUGUAGUAGUAGUAGUAGUAGUAGUUUCUCAGCUACUUAAUCAGACGAUACCAUAUGGAACAUGGAAAAAAAAUUGAUCAAUGUUGGCUUCGCAUAAUUCAAGUAACGUAAAUAUUUCUGGAUUUCAGAACAUUGAAACUGGAGUUUGGUAUCUAAUGUCAAAAGUGCACAGUUAUAUCGGGACCUUUCCUCUAAGUACACUGAUAAAAAGAAUAUCUACACUACACUAAGGUGCAAUUGCAGAUAUUUUUUCAUUGGCUAUGAAUAUUCUCAGGGCCACUUAGCUUUCAUGCCUUAAAAAUGACAUCUACAUUAUCUAUUUGGUUUAGGUGCGGCCUUCAGGGUCACUGUUGAAAUCAAGACAACAUUAGGAAAUUUACAAGUAGUUAUCAUUUUCAAUACCAAACUGUUUUCGUUGGACCAUCACAUUGGCCAUCAAUGUUUCCUGCUUCAAAUUUAUUUCACAUAUUGUGUCACGCUAUGAAACUCAUCUCUGUGCCUGAACCGAACUGAUGAAUCUACCAUCCUAUCACUACAAUUUCUGUUGUUUCAAACAUGCGAAGCCAACACUAUUCUUUAAAAAAUUACGUGACUUGAAAUUAUUUCCCCCUUGAGUGUGAUAAUGUCUUGCAUGUUUCAAUCAUUGCCACUGAAUUCAGCAGCUGUGGAAAAUUAUGAGACGGACUUUACGUAUUCACCUAGUUAUGGUUAAAAUCGGUUUCUCGUUCACAGCCUCCUUCGCAAGAAAUACACAAUUGACCACACUGUUUGAACAUAUACUUCAUAUAUGCACGGACAUAUUUUUAUGACUUAACCAUCCCGCUAUUGUAGCUGUUUUUUGCGUUCAUUACACUUUUACGUCGGAUUGUUUUCCCAAUUGGAGCUCGUAUUUCCAACACAAUACCUUUGCCAUUAGCUACAGAUAACAAGUCGAAUAAUGAAAAGCAAAUUGGAAAAUGAACUUUUGAAUAGUCAAAUUGUUAUUUGCUGCCUUAUUAUGACUGUGGUGUGAGCAGCAAUUUAAUACCAAAUCUGCAGUUGCAUUAGAGGGUGGAAAAUUUAUCGAACGUAAUCUGUGUUAAAUAUCAUUUAAAACAAAGUUGAACGAUUUUUUAAUUCCUUAUUCAGAAAAUCUGCCUUAAAUCGGAGGUUUGACAUUCUGACAUACACGUGCAAAGUCCCAUAGGAUCAAAAAAAGAGAAAAGGAAAACAAAUAGAAAAAGAAAUUACAAAAAUUAUAAUAUGUAUAUUAUUAUAUAUAGAAGAGAUCACAGAGGACUAUAUUAUUAUAUUGAAUUCCAUUGAUUGACAAUAGAACAGAUGAAAUUGUUAUAUGUGGUAAUGAAAAGGAUAAGCUCGUUGAAAAUCAACGUAAAGUUAAGUAUAAAUUGCACUCAUGCAAACUCGUAAAAAUACUUUAUUAGACGCAAGAGUCGUUGUUACAUUGUUGUACGUUACCCAGGCGCGUAUAUUUAUAAAAUAUAUAUAUUAUUAAUUAAAAUGUAAGAGUACAUCAAUCGCAUCCUAACUAUAAGAAGAUAGUAAAAUGCAAACCAUUAGAACAUUAUUGUAUUGAUGAAUUCAUUAUGAAAUCAUUCAUAUUAAUGGUACAUACGUUUGGAAUGUUUGGAAGGGUUUAACAAAAAUGUACGUAAUGUUAUUAAUUCUUCGGAAGUGGGAGAUAGGUUUAGAUUGUUAAUGUGGUAUAGUGUAUCAGGCAAACGGAAGCGUAUGUAAAGAAUAAAUUAAAAAUUAGAAAAGAAAUUAUAAUAACAGAAAACAUUGGUCGAGAUUGUUAUUAUUACGGUAGAAAUAGCGAAUAGCAGCUCGGGGACAAAGAAAAAUAUUGAGUACCUUGUUGAGUAUAAGUAGUCUAUCGCUCAGUCACACAUACCAAUCGCUCACACAGAAAGGAAAACACAAACACAUAUUUAAUAAUAAUAUUCGCACAUUUUUACACACUUAGGCAGGUUUAAUGAAAUAUCCAACUGUCGUCUUAAUGUUAUACUAUGUCUCUGUUUAUAUUUCCAUUGCGCACUGUUGAACGAAACUUUUCCAAAUAAUUUUUGUGGCAUUGUUACGUGUUAUUUCUGGUUUAAAAUCACCAUUAUUUAGCACUCUAUUAUCAAACAUAGAAAUGUGAUUGCAAUACCGAUUAACUGGCUGCACAGGUGAAGCCAGGGAAAUAUUCGUCACAGAUACAGUACUAUUAAAUAUUGUACCUUACAUUCCUUUUGGCUAUAAUGUAAUUUAAGAAACCGAUCUUGUGCAUGUUCUCGUACCAAUUAUUUGAGUUACGAACGAUGCUUCGUAUCAUAUGUUUGUUCUACCACCUCCACAUUAGAAUAUAAUACACAUAUUCUCACGACAAAAGUAUUCAUGAAAAUUUUGAAGAAUGAUGUGGGCUAUCAUUUCUGCUACAUUAUUGCAUAUAUACAUACAUAUGAAGUUUGAUUUCUAUUUUUCCAUAUAGGAGAGCUAUAUUUGAUUUUUCAUUUAAAUGUCACAUUUACAAUCAGUUUGAAUUGCAUAACAUAUGUAUAUAUAUGUAGUGAGCUUGGGAAAGGUUGGAAAAAAUCUGACAUCGCUAUUGGUCGUACCUUGUCAAAAGAUAUUUUAUAGUAAAGAAUGAGAGGUCGAACUAUAAAUUACAACCCAACAGUUGUGGCAGCUUUUUUGGAACUUCGUUUUUGUUAAGUUUUGUUUCAUUUCACCACAUUUUGAUAUGAAUCAUGCAGUGCAUUGUAAAGUUAUAACGACACUUUCUAGUAACACCCAUUAAUCAAACGCAUAAAUUCUCACUUUCAAACAAA